AUGCGGACAAAAGGCUUCCGAGCUGCAGCUGUCACGCGCCUAUGCUGUGUGGUGGCGGUUUGCAGCUGCCUGGCAUGGUGGCAUCAGAACUUUGUGACUGUCCCCGGGAAGGACGUCCACCGGCGUGCGGUGGCAGCUGCUUUAGCUUCUCAGGUGCUCCUUCAGUCAGCGCCAGCACAAGCAGGUGACCGUGAUCGUGCGUCAAUGGUCAGAGCUGUCAGGAUCAAGUUCCUCCCGCUAAUCCUGGAGGGCUACAAGAAGCUGCAGGCAGACAAAGCUGUCAAUGAUGACUUCAUCACGGGAAAGAAGUUCAAAAAGUUUAUGGUGGCCCUGGAUGCUUACGGCAGCAUCCAGCGCCUGGACGAGGCGCCUGACAAGAUCUCAAGGAAGCUGCAGGCUGAUGCUAAGGAGGUGGGGGAGGCGUUGAAGGCGAAGGACUACGCAAAGUCCAUGGAGCUGCUGGAGGUCUUCCGAUCAGGAGAUGGGUGGUGCUUUGCACCUUCUCUGUGGGACCUUGACUGUGAGAUGGCUGCCACCAGUUCUGGCACGCCGAAGAUGUCAGAUCAGGAAAAGUUCUUCUUCGACCUGAACGGGUUCCUACACGUACGUGGAGCUCUGUCCAAAGAAGAGGUCGAACGCAUGAACAAAGCCAUCGAUGCCCACUCCGGCGAAAUCAAGGAGCGCGAGGACAGUGAGCUUCGCAACACAAGAGCUGGCAGCGCCCUCUCAGGGGAUGGGAAAACCGGGCGACGCGACCUUGGCGGAAUGCUUGGCUGGCCAAAGCCUCAUUGCCAGCCCUUCCGCGAAGUCUUGGCCCACCCGAACCUGCUGCCUUAUCUGGUGGAGCUCUGCGGGCCCGGCUACCGCAUGGACCAUUUGCCCUUGGUCAUAACCUCCCAGAAGGGAUCUGAGGGAUUCCACCUGCACGGUGGGCCUUUGACGCAGGGUGGCGCUUUCAACCCGACUCUUCAGUACCGCUGCGUAAAUGGUCAGUUUUACAACUCGCUGCUCGGCGUGUCUGUCCAGCUGGUUGACCAUCGGCCAGGCGACGGAGGCUUUUGCGUUAUCCGUGGGUCUCACAAAAGCAACUUUCCAGUGCCUGACGAUUUCUUGCACGGCGGCGGUGAGGAAGCUCAGGCGCAUUUCUACCAGCCUGAGACUCGUGCUGGUGAUGUCAUCUUUUUCUCAGAAGCAACUGUUCACGGCGCCAUGGCCUGGACUGCAGAGCAUGAAAGGCGAAUCGCGCUGUAUCGCUUUGCCCCUGCAACUGUGGCGUACGGCGCCGCAGUGGCCGGAGGAUUGUCUGGCACGUUGGGACAUGUGGCACGACCUUUCCAACUGGCUGCGGAGGAUCGAACUGUCAGCCCAGUGAGGGCAGCCGUACGCACGGACUCAGAAGCGCAGUUAGCGGUCUGGAUACGGCUGCAAGAAAAGCUUGAAGCACAAUGCAGCGAGCUUUGCGCAUCUGCAAGGAAUCGAGAUGAUGACCUCAUCAAACGAUUGGAUGAAUGUCUCGCCGGACAGGCGUCAAGCUUGCAGGAAUCCGUGAGGAGUCUGGACAGCCUCAUCGUUGCCCAGCGGGCUCAGUGGCAAUCUAUCGCGGAUCAGCUGACCCAGCAUGUCGUUCCGCAGCAGGAGUCCGAAGAGUGCUCCACAGAGCCAGCGAAUUUCGUCUCUGCACCAGAUCCAGCUCCAAAGGUUUCUGUCAAGAUGGCGGAGAAUGCGGAGCACCCUCGCAAUGGCAUUGGAAGGGAUGCCUUAGUGGCUAAGCCGACCUGGCAGGAGGUGUCGCCACCUUCCAUAGACCAGCCGGCAGUUCUCCCGGGCAGCUUGCCGGAGGAAACCGAGGACGGAAGUGAUGGCCAGCGAAGACCGAGCAUAGGCAGAAGACGGAAUGGUUCGACAGUGAUUCUUCAGAGAGCGGAGAAGAACAUAAAGGAUCAGGAGGAGGAAGAUAUGGACGAGCAGAAGGCAUAUGAGCUGGCAGUUGCCAGAGCUGAGCGCCUGCUUAUGCUUCGCGCAUGCAAUCUGAGCCGUAUCGAGCCACCGCAGAAGACUUGGCGUGAGAAGUUGAAGACCUGGCUUGAGAGCUGGUGGGCAGAGGGCCUGUGCGCCUUUGUCAUCUUCACCAACUGUAUCAUUAUUGGCGUGGAGACAGAUGUCGUUGCGCAGGCAGUGACUGACAAAUCUCCCACAGUCUUUUCUGUGCUGGACACCUUUUAUACGUUGAUCUUUUUCGGCGAGCUCUUGGUCCGCCUCGGAGCAUACGGAGGCUCCUUCUUUUGCGGCUCUGUCGGUCUCUUCUGGAACUAUCUGGACAUGCUGAUUGUAUGCCCAUCCAUGGUGCAAUUAGCCGUCAGAGUGAUUUGGCAAUCUGACGUGGAGUAUGGCGGCAGCAUGACUGUGGUACGGGUACUGCGGAUCACGCGCGUCUUCCGAGUCAUUCGAGUGGUGAAGGUGAUGAAAUUUGUGCGGUCGUUGCGACAACUUGUCGAGUCCAUCAUGCACACGAUGAAGUCGCUGGCAUGGUCCAUGCUGCUAUUGGUAGCGAUCAUCUACGUCUUUGCUAUCAUGUUCACAGAUGCCAGUGUGGCCUACCUGGUGGACAACCCAACCAGCGCUCUCAACUCUGAGCUGGUUGUAAGCUGGGGUACCCUUCAUGCCUCCAUGCACACGUUGUUUCGAGCAGUCUCGGGUGGCUUUGAUUGGGGCGGCACUGCGGCUGCUUUGGGAGACAUCCACUGGGCUUGGAUGUACCUGUCCAGAGCUCAGCACGUUCUACCAUGA